AAUGUAUUUCCAGAAUCUGGCAGCUCUGUCAGAUGUUGACAUAAUUUCAGCACGCCGGAAAUUUGUCUCUAAAAUUAGUCUUAAAAUUAACUAAAUCGGUAUUAACUAACACGAAAAUGUGGCCAAUUGUAAUGGCAAUUCUGCGGCGUAAUGCCGUCUACAUCACCUUGCCGAUAGCCGGCGUGGUUGGCUUUAUUGGCUAUAAUCUAGAAAGUUUGUUAUCGGACAAGUACACACCAUACAGUCCCUCUAUUCAGGAAGUUCGCGCCAAGCGUUUGACCGAAGAAUCUUUGACCUCAAACGCCGCUAAUGUGGAGAAGCUAAGGCUCAGCAGUCCUGUCCUGGAACGCAAUCUCUCGCCCUCGCUGCAACCGAAGAACUAAACCUUAUCUUUAUAACCUCCAAAUGUGUGAUAACGAAAUUAGGCAAACUUUUUAUCAAUAAA